GGCACUAACUUGAACAGUGCCUCCUGUCUGAUUCUGUGGAGGACCCCUGUAGUUAACUAUGGCGGCGCCCGGUAAAACUUUAGUCUGUGAUGAUUAUUCUUUAUUUCAGGAGAUGCUGAAGGCGAUGCGGGUCAUGGACGACCGCAUCGUCCAUGCCCUGAACACGACUGUACCCACGGCUUCAUUCUCAGGAAAAGUAGACGCCGUGCAAACAUGUAAACAGCUCUAUGAGUCCUUGAUGGAGGCCCAUCAGAACAGAGACAGAGCCAUCAAAGCUUGUAUAGCUGAGAAGUCUGAGCUGGUGGGACAGCUGCGAGAGGAACGAGCAAAAGAUGGAGACAAUCUGGAAGUAAUCAAGCAGCUCAGGAAGGAGCAGACCAAUCUAAAGCUAAUGCAGUCAGAGCUGAAUGUGGAGGAAGUUGUCAAUGAUAGAAGUCUGAAGGUUUUCUUCGAAAGGUGCAGAAUCCACUACAUGCCUCCGAGGGUGAAGCGAAGCUCCGUUUGAUGAAAAGAGCUGCUUCUCCUGACGUUGAAAUCCCAACCGGAGCUGUGAGGUUCUGCAGAAUCCUGACUGCAGGCUGCUGAGCAUUCAGACAUCUCAGAUCUCCUCUCCACCUCAAUCAUUCUGUGAUCAUAACUAAACAUCGCAGUGAAAGUGUCAGCUGCGUGCUUCCGUACAGAACAUUAUUGUACAGAGUUUUGUUUUUUAAAGACAAUGAACUAUUUUCCAGUGA